AUGUUACCACCGCCUGACACGACUUUCACUUUGGGCUAUGAUCUUGUGAUGGGAACUGUGCGAAUCCCUAGCGUCUAUGCUGUUCAAGCUAUUUGUGCUCCAGAGUCAACAGUAGUAAUUGGAUAUCGCAACUGGUUUGAGUCUGAAUAUGGAGCAACCUAUAUAGUCUCGCUGACAAACGGCACCUAUUAUCAAGCAAACGUCGACUUGAAUACGCGUAAGUGCAUGAAUGUCUUAGUUGAAACAGUCAAUUGUGUAGGAUGGUCAAGUGUCGAAAUGCUAAAAUACGAUAAUUGGUGUCAAAUUCGUCCAGUCGACACACAACUGAUGAGUCAC